AUGGCUCGGGAUCCCCGACAAGACCGCAGCCGCAGCAACAAUGCUGAGUCUGCCGAGACUACAAUCGCCAGUAGCCUCCCAGACCGCAACCGUCACCGCCGACGUAACGGACGUACAUCUGACAAUGCUGAUCUGCCCAACCUCGGGGACGAGUCUCAACCACGCAUGAACUGGUACGAGGCGGGCCGCGAACUGCAGAAGCGAGGACUCAACGUAACUAUCAACCUGGCAAACCUCGAUCAGCCGGUCAACCCCAGUGGAGCUUCCUUUGACCAUAUCUUCACCUCAAAUGGCCCUUCUUCGAAUUACAGCGUCCCAGAAGAAGCACUCAGGGCCCUACUGCCCCUACGAGCCACAAUUGAAUUCAAGGCGCCUCAAGUCCUCGCCACGUCAUCCACUCUCCCCAAUGCCGACCUUCCGCCUGUGACCUGUUACCUCUGUGAAGAGACUUUCGAUAACGAGCAGCAGCGUGAGUGCCAUUUCGCGCGGAACCAGAAGUACUGUGCCUUGUGCAAGAAGGACUUUGACUGUGAAGGUCUCCUGCGCGGCAGUGGCCAUGAGUGUGCCGAGUAUUUGAACCGGGGUAAGGCGCGAAGCGUGGGGAGAUCCGCCCAUGCUUCUCCGGAGAACUGGGUCGACUGA